GGAUAUUACAGUGUUAAUGCAAUGAUAAUAUGUGACCAUAAGCAAAGAAUAAGGUAUGCGAACAGUAGGUAUGCAGGUGCAAGUCACGAUUCCUUUAUUUGGGAAAAUAGUGAUGCUUCCACCUACUUCCACGCGCAGUAUGAAAAUGGAGACAGAAGCACAAGACUGCUAGGUGACUCUGGAUAUCCACUGUUACCCUGGCUUAUAACACCCUUUCGAACUGCAGGCGUUGAUAUUCCAGAAAGCAGAUUUAAUAAAAGCCAUAGUAAAGGCCGUAAUAUUGUAAGAACUGGUGCCGAUGUCUCCUUUCUGCUCGCCAACUACAUUAUGCUCCUGAGAAAGUGGUUCAAAUUGUAAACGAUGCGGCAGCACUUCACAACAUUCGAAUACAUUAUAAUAUUUCCGACGAAUACCAGGAGGAAGUCUACGAACCCGAUGAAUAUGUAGGCGAACCUGUACAACCUCAACGAUAUACAAAUGAAGCAACUCAAAUUCGCAAUGAGAUGUUACGUAGCGUUUUGUAAAAUAAAACUAUUUAGUAUCACAAAAUCCAUUUUCAUACAUAUUUCUUAAUAUUUAAGUAAAAAGCCUUCCUGGCAUAGUGUUGCACAACGUUGUCUACACACUAAGGAUGUAGAUAAAAGUAAAAUCAUAUCACUUCAUUGGUUAACAUACACAGUAUUUUCAAAAAACAGAAAAAAAACUUAAAUAAUAAAGCCCUCCUGUUCAGAAAGUAUUCAGGCACUACAGUCAUAAAAAAAAAUCCAAUAUAAAAUAAAAACAAAUCUCAUAAAAAAAUUGUCAGGUCCCACUUAUUUUAAGAAUUAAGGUGUCUGUUGACGUUAUUUAACUCAAUAUUUAAAAGUUCCCUUUUUAAUCUUAAU